CCGUUUUCUUGAAAUCGAUAUGUGCGAAAAAAAACUUAUAAUCUCAUCUGCCAGAAAACCUGUUAUAUAGUAUGUAGUUUAUUUUUAGAUGAAUUGCAAACAGCGAAAUGUUUAAUUUCAGCAUCUUGAGAAUCCACGUAUGAAACUGACCUAACCUCAUAAUUUCAUUCGGGUUUUUGACUGUACAAUUUUUCCUGAAGAUGUUUUUCGUGAAGUGUUUCUCAUUUUUUGUUAUCUUCAAGCUUGUUAUCCUGACAGUACAAUGUACCAGGAACUGCGCUGAAGAAAACGGCCUAGACAACGACGUAUUCCAAAAACUACACGAUAAAACCUACAUGAACCCAUCCCCAGCUGAACUGUGCGCCCUUAAAUGCAUGUACGAAAAGGGUGAAACAUUGGACAGCGAGGGAUACUCGACCACAAAGUUCCAAGGGGCCAUAGAUGGCAGUCGGAAACUGUCAGACGCACAGAAAGAGGAAUUCAAACAAUGCGUUGUCCAAGCCACACCUGUAAAGAAGUGUAACGAUGUAGCAGCGUUCACACACUGUAUUUUCAAAUAUUUGAUGAGCUGAAAAGAAGGGUUUCGAAUGUAUUUUAUGUGUAUUUUUUUAUAUAGCUGCAUUUACCAUUUAUUACUUUUUAUUGUCUAACACGCGUAUUUUUUUUAUCAUUUCUUGUGAUAUUAAAUGUUCGACUGACGAAUUUUCGAAUGGCUAGGUUCAUUCUUUUACGGGCGAAUAAAUACUGAAUGGUAUAUUGUCUUUUAAAUUGGAAUUUGAUUUUGUAGAACUUUUGACUAAAAAUAAAUAAAGGAAAGAUAUAUGGCCUUU